ACUGUUUUUCUUCCUGGAUGUUCACGAAGAAAAAGUGCUGUUGUUGAAUUUAUGUCAAAUAUGAUGUCAAACGAUCGGCCAUGGGAUUGAAUAAAAAUAUUUUUGUAAGGCAGCAUUUUAAUUAAAACUGUAAUUAGAAUCUAUUACAUAUUAUCGACAAUUUAUCUAUUUUAAUUAAAUAAUGAACUCUCACAGAGGGAGAGGCCGAGGAAGAGGCUUCUACAGAGGUCGAAGCACUCAGCCACCGCCAAAUAUGAGGAGUUCUCGUAGUGCCGAUGUUAUAAUACAACAUGACAAUAAUUGUUGCAGUGCAGCAGAUAUCAUUUUAGAAUUAGAUCCAAUGAGUGCUGGCUUCUUGAAUGAGUUGAAAAAUAUGUGGAACCUACUGAAGAAAAGCCCUCAAGUAGUAAGCAGACUUCAUCAACAUUUUAAUAUGUGUACCAAUCCAUAUGAACAGACCAUACGACUAAUGUACAAUUGUCAAGAAUUUAAUAGUGCAAAAAGCAAAUCAUUACCGUUUUUUAUUAUCGAAGAAUUCAAAAACUGGAGUGCAAAUUGUAGAAAUAAAUUUAGGCAUCUUUUAACGCCCAAAUUGAAGAUUGAUGUGUUCAAAGUAAUAUCAAUGCAAAAUUCUUUAAAUUUAAUAAAACUUGUGGUAGAUGGUUAUGAAAUGGCCGAAAGUGGAGAUAUUUUUUUAGAUGUCAUAAAAUGUAUGAUUGAAAGGAAAAAAUACAAAGAGGCUUGUCAAAGUGCUGUUUUGUUUAAACUACAAGAUAAAUUUACACUGGAGGAUUUUGUUUUACCUCUUAUUUUACAAGACAAAAUGUAUGGAAUAGAUGAUUUCUUAACUGCCAGCCCUCGCCAUCAGGUUGAACUGGUUACACUUUUAGAUUCAACUUUAGGCAAGCCAUCAGUUAGAGAUGCCUUAGCGUCAUAUGUGUUCAAACUCAAUGUUCCUGAUGUAAAAUGGGAUAAACUACAUGCAAAACCUUUUAAAAAGCUGAUAACUAGACUUGUGAAAAUGUUCAAACUUCCCAAUGAUAUCACUCCCAACUUGAACAAAAAAAGAAAUGAAGGGGCUUUACAGUUCCUACUUCACAAACGAUACUUUGAAAAUUCUUUUGGCGAUGAAAGUUGGAAAGAAAUGGUUCAGGAAGCCAUUGGAGACGAUGAAGAACUCCAAAAAGAACUUGUAGUACAAGUUUGUAUUUACGGAGACGUUGCUGAAGCUCUUAGAUGGGCACAUUUUUAUAACGUUGAUAAACAGUAUUGGCCGUACAACGUGAGGAUGUUAGAAGAGAAUCCUGACGAAGAGAGAUUGCAUCAGAGAAAUAUUGUGCCAGAUGAAGAUUCUUGGAGUAAUGAGGAACUGCAGACUACUGAACCUACCGAUUAUCAUCAGUUUCCUUUACCAUUUAGUAAUAUCCAUUUGAUAGAUACAGAAGAGUCUUUUGAACAAUUUCUAGAUAGAGGAUUGCAAGAUGUUGACGUGGUAGGCGUAGAUUGUGAGUGGAAACCAAGUUUUGGUAGCCAAAAAAAUGAAUUAGCUUUAAUGCAAAUUGCGUCUCGAAAAAACGUGUUCAUACUUGACAUUAUCAGUAUAGGAACCAAAGUGCCACAUUUAUGGCAAGAACUUGGCAAAUUCCUUUUUAAUAAUUGUGAUAUUUUAAAGUUAGGGUUUGGGUUUACUAGUGAUAUUUUAAUGAUUAAACAGUCUCUCCCAGAACUUAAUUUUACACCAAAACAAGUUGGAUUUUUAGAUUUACUGUCACUUUGGAAAAUAUUGGAGAAAUAUCCCAAAGUUGUACUGCCAUAUGAAGUGCAGAGUAGUGGACCCAGUCUGGGGACUUUAGUACAUCAUUGUCUGGGUCGUCCAUUGGAUAAAUCUGAUCAAUUUUCCAAUUGGGAAAAGAGACCCCUGCGCAAUAGUCAACUUGUAUAUGCUGCACUUGAUGCUUAUUGUCUUAUCCAAGUUUAUGACAUCUUAAAAUCCUGUUGUGAAAAAGGUGGUUUUCCCUUUGAAGAAACUUGUUAUAAUUUAAUGACCAAUGAAAAAAUGCCCAAAAAGAAAAUGAAAAAGCCUGUCCAGAAAAAGCAGCAACGACCGUCUCAAUCCGAUGAAGAAAUUCCACAACCUGCUUCUCCCCAUUUAAAUCAAGUGCCAGCUACGUCGAUUAAAGUUGUCUGUGAUACAAUGCUGCAAGGUUUAGGGAAAAAUCUUCGAAGAUGCGGUGUUGAUACUGCCAUUCUUGAAAAUCACAUGGACCAUAUGGAGUGUGUCAGGUAUGCUCAAGAUGAACAACGAUAUAUCUUAACCAAGGGAAAUGUUUUCAAUAGAUUGUAUGGUUGUGUCCCACAGGGACAUUGUCUUAAGAUCAUUAGUGACGAUGUAGAUGAACAAUUGAAAGAGUUUAUUGAUUAUUACAAAGUUAAUGUGACCAAAGACGAUGUGUUCAGUGUAUGCCAGGCAUGCAAUGGUAGAAAUUUUAUUCAAGUAUCACAUUCAACAAUGCUAGCACUAAAGGACUCCCACGAUUCGAGAAAAUACGCUCCACCUGAUGAAGACAACGAUUUGGAAUAUCUAGAUGAAGCUACUGGUUUCUCCAGUGAUGAAGAAUAUGACGCUGAACCAGGUGCCCCGAUUCAGUCAACAAGAAAGUGGGAUCUCUAUUGCGAUGAAAAAGUUGACGUUGGCUUAUGUGCAACUCGUAAAGGCGCCAAAAUACAAAUUACAUCAAUACCGGAUGGUGUUUUAGCGAAAAUGGAUCCUUUCUACGUGUGUGAAGAUUGUGGUAAAGUUUAUUGGGACGGUAGUCAUUUGGAAAGAGUUUUAACUGGCCGACUUCAAGGAAUUGUGCAAUGAGAUAGUUACAUGCAUAAUUAUUAUAGAUAGUCUAUUUUAUUACUUAAACUAUGCUUAUUUCGAUGUCAUUGCAUUUUUUUACUAUACUUAGAAAAUAAAAAUAAGCAAUUUCUUAAACGAAAUUCGGUUACAGAUUUUUAAUUUUGUACUAUUUUUGUUAAUUGAAGUCAGUACAGAGAGACUUUAUAUAAGUACAUAAAGUAAAAACGUGACUAGUAUUCUUUUAUAUUUUAAGGUACAAUAAUUUGAAUUUGUGGUUUUUAUUGUUCUGUUCAUUCAUUGUUGAACAGUUUUUAUUAUUAAAUAAAUAACAAGAUUUGUUUUUAAA